UGAUCCAACAUAUAAUUUGGAGUACCCACACUGAACCAGAAUCCAUAGCUCACGAGUCACGAAGCUACUGUUCCCUCUACCAACUCCGUCUCCCAACCGUGCUGUUCCACCGACGCCGCCGUUUGUCAUCAAAAAAGGUAAUUUGAAAAUGUAUUUGAAAUCUCGGUUGUCAUGGAACGUGAUAAUCCCUGCUGAGAACCUUGAUAUUGAAGGUUUAAUGCUUCAGAAGGCAAUUGUUGUUCGGCUCUUGGAAGACUUUGCCUCCAAGAAAGCCACAAAAAAUCUCGGUUACUUUAUAGCUGUCACUACAAUGGAGAAGAUUGGGGAAGGGAAAGUUCGACAACACACUGGAGAUGUGCUCUUCCCUGUGGACUUCAGUUGCAUUACCUUCAACAUAUUCCGUGGAGAAAUCUUGGAAGGGGUUGUCCACAAGAUCUUGAAGCACGGUGUCUUUUUAAGAUGUGGUCCCACCGACAAGAUAUACCUCUCUCAUCAAAAGAUGUCGGAUUAUAAGUAUGUGCCUGGAGAAAAUCCCAUCUUUAUGAAUGAGAAGAUGUCAAGAAUUGAGAGAGACACUGUGGUGCGUUUCAUCGUGGUUGGGGCAAGGUACGUGGAGGCGGAGAAGGAAUUCCAAGCAGUUGUGAGCUUGGAAGGUGAUUACCUUGGACCCAUCUCACAAAGUUCUGUUUAGAUUUAGGUUACUUGCCAUGAUUGGCUCAUUUUGGACAUAGACCAAUGACAUGUAAAGCUAACUUCUGUAGCUAUGUAUGUGUGUGAUACUGUUUUGGGUUGAAUCAGACUAUCUGUUGAUGUUUGCUGAUGACCCUCUCUGAAGUGUCUUAUUUUCUCAUUUAGUUUAAGCCCUCAACUGAUUUUAUGUAAAUGUUUGAAGGCAUGGGAUGUCUUCCCCAGAUUCUUUUACUCUAUGGUUAUGGUGAUAAACCUUUUUAUA